AUGUCAGUAAACGCUUCGACCAUCGCCGAGUUCUCUGCUCCGGGCAACCUCGACGAGCUUACACCGGCUAACCGAUCAACCUGGUCUCGGGAAUUCAUAUCUCAAUGGAUGAACGAUGAGAUCGAGGGUAAUCAUCAGGGCCGGACACCUCUAACCCAGUUCUUCAACGGCACCGUCACCGCGUAUGACGUAGACCAGGCAGGUGUCAAUAUUGUGUGGAACGGGUUUCCAAACAGGAUCGCCAUUCGGUUUGGUAAUAAUGAUGAAAGGCGUUGGAAGGCCGCCGACUCUAGUCGAGACGUCCAGGAUGAAUACCUCGAGUGGUCUCUCAUUCGCGACAACGAUAACAACAUCAUAAGCGUGACAUUCACCUGUGAAGGUCCAGAAUACUGGCAGUUCUUGGGGUCUGAUCAGAGAGAUACUCUUGUAUCUAACAUCUACCAACUGAACUCUCCUCUUCUUGAUGGCGUGAACAAGAGACAAUUCUUUAGUGUUGAUCGCAAAGACCCCAACAAUCAACAGAAGUGGAUCUACAACCCUAACAACAAAUACAACUCAUCCACCACCACCGGCACGAUAACCCAUCUGGUCCAAGACGCAAACACAUUAGGAGCCGAAAUUGACAUCGCCGCGCAAGCUACUGUCCUUCGCAAAUCACGUAGUACGGGCCAACCGGUCACCGAGUCAGACCAGUUGAUCCGAUGUUCGAGGUAUGGCGAUCCCGACCGAAACUCAGACCCCCGUAUCGGGUUCAAGAUCAAUCAGCUUGCUCUUACCGGGGCUUCCGUCUCCAUUGCGGACCCGGUUGGGCUUUACAUGCACGAAUUUGACACCAGCAACUUCAAGCUUGACCCGACUGGAGACGGUGAAUCUUUACAAGACAUUCCGGAAGGAACAUUCACGUUUCAGCGCGGCGAUAUUGACAAACAGCAGGGCCUGCGGUUGAAGAUACAAAUCCCUGCGGGCACCAAGAAUGAAGAAGGCAGGCAGCUAACAGUCAGUGAUAUCUACGACACAAAAGAGGAAAAGCACAUCGCCUUUGGCGCCCAGUUUGCCGACUAUAUCACCAUGGGUGUCCAUGGGGUGGCGAUUACCGGCGGCCGUCCAGCUACAGCGGAGCCCUGCUUGAGGCCAGCUGGUGUGGCGGCAUCGGCAGCGUUUGAGGACAUGGUACCGGAGCUUCGCCAGAAGAUCCAGGACCAAGCCUCUCCCUUUAAGCGGAUCUGA